GUCAAUUUCUUUGCUCAUCUUUAUAAUUAAUUAUACAGCUUUGCAACGUUUCCCUUCUUCACAUGUGAGGAUACAGUUCUACCUGGCAUAUAAAGUCAGAUUCUGAGAGUAAAUUCCAGUGGUUCAUUUACCUCCAAACAUUAGAUUUUUGCUUGCUAAUGACAAGUAUUACAACGGGGGUGGGGGGUGAUACUAUAGUAAAGGCAAAUUAUAAAAGUGAAUUAGCUUCACUAGUAAUAAACACAAUUACCAACACCACUGUCUUAAUUUGAAUGAUUUCAUUCAUUCUGUAAUCACGCAGAAGGAUGGACAAAUCGUGAAUGUGAUCACCAAAAAGUUCUUUUGUUUGAGAAUGGGGUUUCAGUAUCUCUCCACCACAUUUCUCAACCUAGACAGCUUUCCCCAACUGUGCUGAGUCCAUAUAUACUAAAGUGCCAACAAUUUUUUGUUGCAUGAACAAAAAAAGGAACAAAAAGUCACACGCAACAUUGCACACUGCACGGACUCUGACCACAGUCCAUUGAAUUCAUACAUUCUUCAGAGACUAUAAACCAUGUAUACUGCCUGACCGACCUUUGACCCUGUUAGAUAAAAAUAGAAAUGGGAAUGUACAGUCUGCGAUCAAUUCCUGUAAGUUCUUGCAUAAGGCAUCGACAGCAGUGACAAUGUACAUUUUAACACAAUUUAUGAUUAUUCACUCAAGUCCCCUCCACACAGAGGGCAACACAAGAUUUCAGGUGGUGAAGUUUGUCGACUAGUUUCUGUCAAGAUGGCUACUAGUGUUACAGUUCAAUCAUUAUUGGAGAAAAUAAGUGGGAAUCACUUAGAAUGCUCCAUUUGUACCCUUCGCUUCAAGCAGCCCAGAGUUCUGGACUGUUUGCAUAAUUUUUGCUUGCCAUGCCUACAAGACAUGUUGAAGGGACAGAAGCAAUGUGGACUGACGCUUGACUGCCCUCUCUGCCGGCAGGGGACUUUGCUAAAGGGAAAAAUUCUUGAUGACCUGCCAACAAACUUCACACUGACUGCCCUGGUAGAGGAGGUCACAAUGAUGGAACGGCUCAUUAACGAGGGUCAAGGGUCAGAGAUCAAAUGUCAAGGUUGUGAUGAGGGUAAUGGAGCCAUCUCAGUCUGCAGGAAUUGUGAUCAUUUUCUUUGUCCUGACUGCCACAGGGCACAUGAACGUAUGACAGUCAUGAAAUCUCACCACACUGAUAUGCUAGCUCAGCUGCAAACAGGUGAAGUUGCUUACAAGAGUAAACUGAGGGAACAAGUUCCAAAAUGUGGUAAGCAUCCCGAUCAGAACCUUAGUUUCUACUGUGACACAUGUGAGCAGUUGGUAUGCACAACUUGCUCUGUUCUUGACCAUGGAAGUAAAACACAUGUGCUGGUUGAUCUACCAAAGGCUUUAGAGAAAUGUAAACAAGAAGUAGCAAAACUGGUUGCAAAGGCUGAACAGAACAAGGCAGAACUUGACAAAGCCAUACAACAAAAUGAUAAAUCAGGAAAGAAAUUGGAUGCAAUGUUUGAUGACACAAGAAAAGAGAUUGACAGAAAGGCUGGUGCCCAAAUUUGGGAAAUAAAGAACGAAGCACAAGAACUGAAACAAGAGUUGAAGAAGGCUUAUGAGGACAGAUUCAAGGCAUUUAAAACUGCCGAAGCUACAAACAGCAAAGAGGUGACUCUGAUGGAACAGAAACUUGAUGAAGUUGACCAACGUAUGACCCAAGCUAGCUGCUAUGAGAUUCUGAAUCUCAAGAAGCAACUUUUACACAAUGUCAAAGAACUGACAAAGAGACAACCACAAAGAGUGUCUGACAAGUUGGCUAUCCUGGGUCUGGCAGAGGAUCAAAGGUUGCUAGGGAGACUGUCUGUUGGAAAUGAAUCAAUAUUGCAAAGAUGUGGACGGCUUUGCAAAACACUUUGCACAAGUACACAAUAUCAAACGCUCCUUCUCUUUGUGUUACUGUUUCUUUUAUUCCAGCGGUUAUUUCACUAAAUAAUCAUUUCAAAUUAAGCCUCAUAUCAUAUCAAUACUUCAACAUGUACAGUUCAUUUAGCAUUACAAGAUAAUUUUCUUAAACCUUUUGAGCUACUUAUCUAUCUGAACUACAGUCCUCCUUGGAACAAGGCAUUCUCUGAGUUCUGUGCUACCAAAAGUACCAAUGAUGUUUGUAAGCAAGCACAUACACAAUACCUUCUCCUCUUAAAACAUUCUUGGCUCUCAAGGUUGUCAUGUAUCAUGAAAGUCACCACUUAUCAUGACAGGAAAGCCUACUUGCAAAUUUGUUAUUUUAA